AUGGAGUACGAAACGAAGACUCCUGGCUACACGACCGGCGAGCAAACCUCGUUUGGCUGGCCCACGGCCCGAGAGCGAUGGCCCAUCAUCAUUGUCCGUAACAUCCAAGUCUUUCUCUCUUCUAUACCAAAUUGCAUUGCUAAUUCAUCUUCUGUGGACCGCCAGACGCAAGCUAUUGAUGACGCUUACCGAAGUGUGUCUCAGUGCGACGAUGCCGACAAGCGCGCGGAGGGCAAGAAGAUCGUCGAGGAGCUCGCAAGUCUCAAAUACGAGGUCCAGCACGACCGGCAGCUCACACCGAUAAGAAACGACGGACAUGACGAUGUCGCCAUUUACAACAAGGAGCUCGAGCAAUUGGGCAAUCCUUCCUGGCUCAAUGUCCCUUGGCUGUAUGCCGAGUGCUACUUGUUCCGACGCAUCAACACCUCCUUCACACUCUCGAAACAAUGGCAAAAUUACGAUGUCUUUGCCCGACAAAAGAUCAAGACCUUCCGUUCUUCCCGGCCAGCCGUCCUCGAGCUCGCUACCAAAUAUAGGGGUCUAGUCAAGCAGAUGGAGGAGAGCAAGGGGAAAGCGCAGGACGAAGAAGCCGACAAGAUCUUGUUUAUGGAGAUGUGCGAGAUCUGCCUCUGGGGCAACGCAACCGACCUGUCUCUUCUGACCAACCUCACCUACGAAGACAUCCAAAAGCUGCAAGGAUCAGAGGCCCGCAAGGCUGCCGAGAAAAACAUCCUGGUCAACGAUCUCCCUACAGCCUACGAGACACUGAAAAGGGCCAAGGCGGAGGGCAAGAAGGAGCGUCGCGUCGAUAUUGUCCUUGACAAUGCCGGCUUCGAGCUGUACGUUGACCUCAUCCUGGCGGGAUACUUGCUGUCCUCCGGCCUGGCCACACUGGUUGUUCUCCACCCCAAGUCUAUGCCGUGGUUCGUCUCGGAUGUUCUGCCGAGCGACUUUGCCGCUCUGCUCAACGCCCUAGCGCAGCCCAAGAGCUUCUACGAGACUCCGUCGGAGGACGAGGUCCACCAGGGCAAGACGCCCGAGCCGCUGUCCGAGAGCGACGCCGCGGACCUGUCCUUCCUGUUCCAGCAGUGGAGCCAGCUCUACGCCGAAGGCCAGCUCAUUCUCCGCCCGAAUCGCUUCUGGACCCAUCCCGGCAGCUUCUGGCGACUUCCUCACACGGCCAAGGACCUUUACGAGGAUCUCAAGACCAGUGAACUGGUUAUCUUCAAGGGCGACCUGAACUACAGGAAGCUCACCGGCGAUGCAAGCACACCCUUUGCGAGGUGGGAUCCGACAACCCCAUUCGUCGAGGCGAUUGGACCUCUCGGUCCUGGCUCAGGUGUCAACGUGCUGGCCCUGCGGACGUGCAAGGCCGAUGUUGUGGUCGGCCUAAAGCCCGGCGAGGACGAACGGCUACGGAAGGAAACAGAGAACGGCGGCGGCGACUCUGGCGCUAGGAAGUGGGCGUGGAAUGGAAAAUGGGCUGUCGUCCAGAUGUCGGACGGGGCGUAA